UGACGCGGGACCCCGCUGUGCGACCGUACACGGACCUCUUCAUUCACACCACCAUCUUCGCCGGUACGAUACGGGAUGAGGUUCGUACUCUCGAGACUGCCCCUUCAGCGCGGCGCGACGAGCUCCUUCCUUCGUGGCCGCACCAUGUCGACGCUCCCUCUACGCCCUCCAUCAGCGGACGAGGAGAGUGCACUGCUGGAAAGCAGGACGCAGGAAAUAUCAGAGUUCUUCAGCUCGCCGCGAUUCAAGGGGAUCAAGAGAACAUACACGCCCGUUGACGUGGCCAAGAAGCAGGGCUUGCUCCCUGCAACGACGCUGCCUGGCACGCUCCUCGCGGACAAGCUGCAUGCCCUGCUCUCCGAGGCUGCUAACGAAGGGCGACCUGUGCACACGAUGGGCGCGGUAGACCCGGUGCAGAUGACUCAGAUGGCUGCCAACCAGGAAGUGGUGUACAUCUCGGGGUGGGCCUGCAGCAGCUUGCUGACCACGGGGAACAAUGAAGUGGGCCCGGACUUUGGGGACUACCCAUAUACUACAGUGCCCAACCAGGUGCAUAGGAUCUUCAGGGCCCAACAGCUGCAUGACCGCAAGCACUUCGAUGCGCGGAUGUCCGCGACGCUCGAGCAGAGGUCAAAAAUGAAGUACAUCGACUACCUUCGCCCCAUCAUCGCGGACGCGGACACAGGGCAUGGAGGCCUGUCCGCCGUCAUGAAGCUCACAAAGCUGUUCGCAGAAUCUGGAGCGUCCGCGGUCCAUUUCGAAGAUCAACUACACGGCGGCAAGAAGUGUGGCCAUCUUGCCGGCAAAGUCCUCGUCCCUACUUCCACUCACACCUCUCGGCUCGUCUCUGCCCGCUUCCAGCUCGAUCUCCUCAAGUCCACCAUGCUCACCAUCGCGCGCACUGACUCCGAGAGCGCGACCCUCAUCUCGUCUACUGUUGACGCGACGGACCACGAGUUCAUCCUGGGCACGACGAAGCCUGGGCUCCCGCUGGCGGAGGCGAUUGCGGAGGCGGAGCUGAGGGGCGCGAGCGGACCGGAGAUCAACGAUGUAGAGAGCGCCUGGAUGCUUGAGCAUGAGCUGUGCACUUUCGGGGAGGCUGUUGAGAAGGCCAUCGCGGCGUCAGAUAUUUCCGACAAGGCCAGUGCUCUCGAGGUGUUUAAGACCUCGUCUGCUGGCAAGUCCAACACCGUUGCGCGCGACAUUGCCGCCGACAUCCUUGGCAAGCCCGUCUUCUUUGACUGGGAUGCCCCUCGCACCCGCGAAGGGUACCAUCACUUCCGCGGUGGCAUCGAGCCUGCCAUUCGCCGUUCCAUCCAGUUUGCGCCGUACGCAGACAUGAUCUGGCUGGAGACGAAGAAGCCGGACCUAGAGCAAGCGCGGUCCUUUGCGAGGCGGAUUCGCGCGGCGCAUCCGGGGAAGUGGCUCGUGUAUAACUUGAGCCCGAGCUUCAAUUGGGCGGGGCAUGGAUUUACCGAGGAGCAGUUGAAGAGCUUCGUUUGGGAUCUCGCGAAGGAAGGCUUCGUUCUGCAGCUCAUCUCCCUGGCUGGCCUACACAGCAACGCUGUGACGACGGCCGAGCUCUCGAAGCGAUUCAAGGACGAGGGGAUGCUGGCGUAUGUCAACUUAAUCCAGCGCAAGGAGAAGGAGAUUGGCUGUGACGUCUUGACACACCAGAAGUGGAGCGGCGCCAACUACAUCGACGGCAUCCUGCAGACGGUGUCCUCAGGGUCGUCGAGCUCCUCGGCGAUUGGCAAGGACUCGACGGAGCACUCCUUCUAGGGCAAAUGGAUGCUUUUCGAUAGCCUGCUGUGAACAUAUCUGUUCACAAUGAAAUGUACAUCUAUCACCGUGCGCAAGUCGGAGGUGCUGUCUGGCUGGCUGGGUGCCACCAAUUGCAGGCACUGGUCACAACUCUACGUCUCGUAUUGACCUCACGGUGGCAGCUGCCAUGUAAUAGCAAAACUCUCGAAUGCGCACAUCCCUAGUUAUUCAGCAUCGUUAGAGCCAAAGACCAGAGGG